CUUACUCCGGAAAAUGCGUUCCACAUGCAGGAAGUGAGUUUUCAUCGACUGCAGCAGCCUCACAGUGUCCGUGGAGAUCAGGGUUACACAGUAAUGAAGAAGAUCUCUGGUGAGUGUGAGAUACCCAGCAGCCAUCAUCGUGUGUCAGGCGGACUAAGCAGGACCCACAGCCCCAUCACAGAUCCUGGAACUCACCAACAAGAUCAUUCAGCUGCUGACAGGAGAGGAGGGGGAGUAUAUAGAGGAACACAGGGGUCUGUACAAGGACGUGAUAAUGGAGAAUCACCGGCCCCUCACAUCACUGGAUGGUCCCAGUAACAGAGAUACCCCAGAGAGAUGUCCCCGUCCUCUGUAUUCCCAGGAUUGUACAGAGGAGAAUCACAAGACCGCACAGGACGAUCAGGAUUACACAGUAGUGAAGAAGACAUCCAGUGAGUGUGAGAUACUCAACAGCCAUCCCCGUGUGUCAGGAGGACUGAGUAGAACCCAAAGCCCAAUCACGGUGCCUACACCUCACUCACUGAUACAUGAGAGACACAAUGACCAGAAGAUCCUGGAACUCACCAACAAGAUCAUUCAGUUGCUGACUGGAGAGGAGGGGGAGUAUAUAGAGGAACACAGGGGUCUGUACAAGGACUUGAUGAUGGAGAAUCACCGGCCCCUCACAUCACUGGAAGGACCCAGUAACAGAGAUACCCCAGAGAGAUGUCCCCGUCCUCUGUAUUCCCAGGAUUGUACAGAGGAGAAUCACAGGAUCCCACAGGAGGAUCAGGAUGAAGCCCAAUUAAAUAAUAUUAAUAUCAAAGAUACAGAGGGAGAAAAAGAGACAUAUGUGACUGAUACAAAGGCAGAAGAUAUAGAGGGAGAAGAAGAGACAUAUGUGACUGAUAUGAAGGCAGAAGAUACAGAGGGAGAAGAAGAGACGUAUGUGACUGAUAUAAAGGCAGAAGAUAUAGAUGGAGAAGAAGAGACGUAUGUGACUGAUAUGAAGGCAGAAGAUACAGAGGGAGAAGAAGAGACGUAUGUGACUGAUAUAAAGGCAGAAGAUAUAGAUGGAGAAGAAGAGACGUAUGUGACUGAUAUAAAGGCAGAAGAUAUAGAGGGAGAAGAAGAGACGUAUGUGACUGAUAUAAAGGCAGAAGAUAUAGAUGGAGAAGAAGAGACGUAUGUGACUGAUAUAAAGGCAGAAGAUAUAGAGGGAGAAGAAGAGACGUAUGUGACUGAUAUAAAGGCAGAAGAUAUAGAUGGAGAAGAAGAGAGGUAUGUGACUGAUAUGAAGGCAGAAGAUACAGAGGGAGAAGAAGAGACGUAUGUGACUGAUAUAAAGGCAGAAGAUAUAGAAGGAGAAGAAGAGACGUAUGUGACUGAUAUAAAGGCAGAAGAUAUAGAAGGAGAAGAAGAGACGUAUGUGACUGAUAUAAAGGCAGAAGAUACAGAGGGAGAAGAAGAGACGUAUGUGACUGAUAUAAAGGCAGAAGAUAUAGAGGGAGAAGAAGAGACGUAUGUGACUGAUAUAAAGGCAGAAGAUACAGAGGGAGAAGAGGAGACGUAUGUGACUGAUAUAACGGCAGAAGAUACAGAGGGAGAAGAGGAGACGUAUGUUACUGAUAUAAAAGUAGAAGAUACAGAGGGAGAAGAAGAGACGUAUGUGAGGGGUGAUCAGCAGUCUAAGGAGGAGGAAAUCCCUACAGAUAUCAGCACAGCAGGUGGACACACAAGCAGGAAUAUCUCAGAAGGACAUCUAAUGUUAUCCCCGGAUUGUGACAUAAAAGAUAAUGACAGUAGACAGGAUUCUCCAGGAGAUAACCCCAUUACCCCAAUUAUACAUCCAGCUCUAUCAGCUGAUCCCUCUGAUACUGGGAAAUGUUCUCCUGAUCACCCUGAUAUUGGUGCAUCUGUUACAGCUCUGACAGUAGAUACAGAGUUUCUGUGUUCUGUAGAUGCCAAAUGUUUUACACAGAACACAAAGCCUAUUAACCCACACACAGGUAAGGUAGGUGAAAGGCCACUGAUAUGUUCUGAGUGUGGGAAAUGUUUUACAUACAAAUCACAGCUUGUUAUACAUCAGAAAAGUCACACAGGUGAGAGGCCAUUUUCUUGCUCUGAGUGUGGGAAAUGUUUUGCACGGAAAUCACAUCUUGUUAUACAUCAGAAAAGUCACACAGGCGAGAGGGCAUUUUCUUGCUCUGAGCGUGGGAAAUGUUUUGCACAGAAAUCACAUCUUAUUAAUCAUGAGAGAAGUCACACAGGUGAGAAGCCAUUUUCUUGCUCUGAGUGUGGGAAAUGUUUUGCACAGAAAUCACAUCUUAUUAAUCAUGAGAGAAGUCACACAGGUGAGAGGCCAUUUUCUUGCUCUGAGUGUGGGAAAUGUUUUGCAUGGAAAUCACAUCUUGUUAUACAUCAGACAAGUCACACAGGCGAGAGGCCAUUUUCUUGCUCUGAGUGUGGGAAAUGUUUUGCACGGAAAUCACAUCUUGUUAUACAUCAGAAAAGUCACACAGGCGAGAGGGCAUUUUCUUGCUCUGAGUGUGGGAAAUGUUUUGCACAGAAAUCACAUCUUAUUAAUCAUGAGAGAAGUCACACAGGUGAGAAGCCAUUUUCUUGCUCUGAGUGUGGGAAAUGUUUUGCACUCAAAUCAGAUCUUGUUAGACAUCAGAGAAGUCACACAGGUGAGAAGCCGUUUUCUUGCUCUGAGUGUGGGAAAUGUUUUGCACUCAAAUCAGAACUUGUUAGACAUCAGAGAAGUCACACAGGUGAGAAGCCAUUUUCUUGCUCUGAGUGUGGGAAAUGUUUUGCACAGAAAUCACAUCUUAUUAAUCAUGAGAGAAGUCACACAGGUGAGAAGCCAUUUUCUUGCUCUGAGUGUGGGAAAUGUUUUGCACUCAAAUCAGAUCUUGUUAGACAUCAGAGAAGUCACACAGGUGAGAAGCCAUUUUCUUGCUCGGAGUGUGGGAAAUGUUUUGCACAGAAAUCACAUCUUAUUAAUCAUGAGAGAAGUCACACAGGUGAGAAGCCAUUUUCUUGCUCGGAGUGUGGGAAAUGUUUUGCACAGAAAUCACAUCUUAUUAAUCAUGAGAGAAGUCACACAGGUGAGAGGCCAUUUUCUUGCUCUGAGUGUGGGAAAUGUUUUGCACUCAAAUCAGAUCUUGUUAGACAUCAGAGAAGUCACACAGGUGAGAAGCCAUUUUUUUGCUCUGAGUGUGGGAAAUGUUUUGCACUCAAAUCAGAACUUGUUAGACAUCAGAGAAGUCACACAGGUGAGAAGCCAUUUUCUUGCUCGGAGUGUGGGAAAUGUUUUGCACAGAAAUCACAUCUUAUUAAUCAUGAGAGAAGUCACACAGGUGAGAGGCCAUUUUCUUGCUCUGAGUGUGGGAAAUGUUUUGCACUCAAAUCAAAUCUUCUUAUACAUCUCAGAAGUCACACAGGUGAGAAGCCAUUUCCAUGUUCUGAGUGUGGGAAAUGUUUUGGCCGGAAAUCACAACUUGUUAUACAUCAGAGAAGUCACACAGGUGAGAGGCUAUUUCCAUGUUCUGACUGUGGAAAAUGUUUUACUUGGAGAUCAAGUCUUGUUACACAUCAGCAAAGUCACACAGGUGAGAAGCCAUUUCCAUGUUCUGAGUGUGGGAAAUGUUUUGCCCGGAAAUCACAUCUUGUUAUACAUCAGAGAAGUCACACAGGUGAGAAGCCGUUUCCAUGUUCUGAGUGUGGGAAAUGUUUUGCAGACAAACCAGGGCUUGUUAGCCAUCAGAGAAGUCACACAGGUGAGAAGCCAUUUUCUUGCUCUGAGUGUGAGAAAUGUUUUGCCCAGAAAUCACAACUUGUUAGACAUCAGCUAAGUCACACAGGUGAGAGGCCAUUUCCAUGUUCUGAGUGUGGGAAAUGUUUUGCCCUGAAAUCAGAUCUUGUUAAACAUCAGAGAAGUCACACAGGUGAGAAGCCAUAUUCUUGCUCUGAGUGUGGGAAAUGUUUUACACAGAACUCAUAUCUUGUUAUACAUCACAGAAGUCACACAGGUGAGAAGCCAUUUCCAUGCUCUGAGUGUGGGAAAUGUUUUAGCCAGAAAUCACAUCUUGUUACACACCAGAGAAAUCACACAGGUGAGAAGCCAUUUUAAUCUUCUGGAGUAUACUUAUUAUUGCCAUGCGUUGUUCUUCAAGGUUCUUAUCCUAUGUCCUGUGCUUUUUGCAAUAUACAUGCAACCACUGGGUGAAAUAAUCAGCUGUCAUGCCCUCAUCUACCACUGCCUACAGAUGGUCUGUCUUUUGUUCUGGGUACUGAGAACCCAGUACCAAUCCUAAAUGUCUAGCUGAGCUCCAGGUGUGGGUGUUGCCAGCGGGCUGUGACUUAAUCCAGGUGAAACAGGUCCUUAUGCUAGCUCACCAACAAAGGACAGGGCUACAGCUCAGCUUUGUUACCAACCAGACUUACGCUUGGGGGUUCAGGUUUACAUAAUGCUGAUCCUGUGCAGAAUCUUGGUGUCCUGGAUGGUAGAGUGACACUUAGACAUCAGGUAUCUGCCACAAUCAGAUCCUCAUCUGAGGAACAUAGUCAGACUCCAGCACUUAUUUCCCUCAGAAGAUCUACCUACAGUCAUACAUGCACUUGUAUCAUCACACAUAGACUACUGCAAUGUCCUCUACCUGGGUCUCCCAGCAAAAGAAUUGCACCGCUUGUACAGAAUGCAGCAGCCAGGCUGUUACCUAACCAGCCCGUUCCUGCCACAUAACACCCAUUCUCUACUCCCUUCACCGGCUGCCUGUAAGAUGGUGACUCUGGGCCUAAUUCAGGUUGGACUACAGUGUGUGAUCCAAACGGAAUUAUUGAGAAAAACUUGCGGACGCAUGCGCAGCGCCCGUCCUGCGUAUGCACCUGCAUUCUCUACAGGGGGCUGUAGGAAAUGUGAUUGCUUCUUGUUAAACAGGCAGAGGCGGUCACGGGGUGGGGGGUAAAGCUCCAUUUCCAGUGAGAAGAUGGAGCGUUACAAGUGCGGUGUUGCGAGAAAGGGAGGCGGACAAACGGUCAUGUUCACUGUGGCUGCAUGACAUCACACGCAGCCAUCGCAAUCUAGAAGAACGCGGUGGGGAUCCUGCAGGCACAGCUAAGCUGGCAGGAUGCUUCACUAGUUUCUAAGAUGAAGCAGAAAUUGUGGAGAGAUCGCAAUUUCUGCUUCAUAAAGGGGGGAGGCGCCGGUCCACGUACUAGGCUGCCUCGCCCUGCGAUGGGCGGCCCCCAGCACGCUAGAAA